CUCAUAGUGACGAGGCAGGGCGGGGCUCCGGGUUGUAGUACGUGUGCUUCACUGCAGUUAGCUUGCGUCUAGUGAGCUAACACUGCAGUAUAACAGAAGUAAGAGCCAUGGUGCUGCUUGAAAAUGAUUCGUUUCUCACAGAGCUCACUCGACUCUUCCAGAAGUGCAGAACAUCGGGCAGUGUUGUCAUCACGUUAAAGAAGUAUGACGGUAGAACCAAACCAGUGCCUAGAAAGGGCCACUCUGAGGCCUUUGAACCUGCUGAUAACAAGUGUCUCAUCAGAGCGUCUGAUGGCAAGAAGAAAAUUAGCACAGUGGUCAGCACAAAAGAAGUAAUUAAGUUUCAGAUGGCAUACUCCAACCUCCUUAGAGCUCACAUGGAUGGUCUGAAGAAAAAAGAUAAGAAAAGCAAAAGCAAGAAAACAAAAGCCACCCAAUGAGCUAUGGACUCUUUAAGAUAACCUUGGAUACCUAAACUGUCCUGUACAAUCUGAUGAAAUUGGAGAGGGCAGCCUGUGAUUUGUAUCCACACUUGGCUCUCUUCCCAUUCAUUGGAGAGCUCAGAACCACCAUUCAUCUACCUGGUGACUGUGUAGAUAUUAUGCCAUUGUUGCAUGGUGACAUCUCAUCCCUGCCUGCCUGGUGUCAUUGAUGAUAAGGAACAGAAAACCUGAGGAUUUCUUAAACAGUAGGAAGUGAGACAACUUUUCUGCUUUGGAACAGCUGUGCUGCCUCAAGAGCCAAAUCCAAGGACCCACUGAUUUCAUUAUAUCUAACUGGUAGUCCCCAUUUGCAUUAUGAUGUGUUGGUACCUUUUUAUAUGGAGGGAUGUUUGAUUUUUUUUUUUUUUUUUUAAUAUUUAUAAUUUAACUUGGGUGCCCUUAAACACCAAACUAAAUCAAAUCAGUUCAUUUUUGCCUGAAGUCAGUGUUGACAGUGAUUUUGUUCAGUACUGGAGAUAUUUUUGUUUUUGGUUUAUUUUUAAAGUUCAAUAGACGCUGUGCACCCUUUUGAUUUUACACACCCUUGCCAUGUAAUUGUCUUAAAUGGUCAAAAACAAUUAAAUCAACAGCUUCAGUCUAUGUGGUUAAUUUUCUAGAAGAUGUCAUUUAAGUAGCACAAAAUGUUUUAAGUUACGAAUACAAAGAAUUAACCUUAAUUCUAAUAUCUUUUUUUGUUUAUCACAAUUACAAGGCAGGUUUAAUCAUAGCCAAAAUCUUUGUAUUUUCUCUUCAUGCUUCUGAAUCCUGUCAUGGAAAAGGUAUUCAGUAUUUAAGUUCAGAAAUAAAGUACUUUUCCUAAAAA